AUGUGUUCCGCAGCCCCGCAAGCACCGGUGCAGCAGCUCCUUGCGCUGGGCGCCCUGCUGUGGCUCAGGGUCGGCGCCUGGGAGCUCACCAUUCUGCACACCAACGACGUGCACAGCCGGCUGGAGCAGACCAGUGAGGACUCGGGCAAGUGUGUCAAUGCCAGCCUUUGCGUGGGCGGCGUGGCGCGGCUCUUCACCAAGGUGAAGCAGAUCCGCAACGCCGAGCCCAAUGUGCUGCUACUCGACGCCGGCGACCAGUACCAGGGCACCAUUUGGUUUACCGUGUACAAGGGCGCCGAGGUGGUGCACUUUAUGAACGCCCUGUCCUACGAUGCCAUGGCCCUGGGAAAUCAUGAAUUCGACAAUGGUGUAGAAGGACUGAUGGAUCCACUCCUCAAGGGGGUCAAAUUUCCAAUUCUGAGUGCUAACAUUAAGGCAGAGGGACCUCUAGCAUCUCAAAUAUCUGGACUCUAUUUGCCAUAUAAAAUUCUUAAUGUUGGUAGUGAAGUUGUGGGAAUUGUUGGCUACACUUCAAGAGAAACCCCUUUUCUCUCAAAUCCAGGAAAGAAUUUAGUAUUUGAAGACGAAAUCACUACAUUGCAACCUGAAGUAGAUAAGCUAAAAACUCUAAAUGUGAACAAGAUUAUUGCACUGGGACACUCUGGCUUUGAAAUGGAUAAACUCAUCGCUCAGAAAGUGAAGGGCGUGGAUGUGGUGGUGGGAGGACACUCCAACACGUUUCUUUAUACAGGCACUCCACCUUCCAAAGAGGUGCCUGCUGGGAAGUACCCAUUCAUAGUCACUUCCGAUGAUGGCCGGCAGGUUCCUGUGGUCCAGGCCUAUGCUUUUGGAAAAUACCUGGGCUAUUUGAAGGUUGAGUUUGAUGAAAAAGGAAAUGUCAUCACUUCACAUGGAAAUCCCAUUCUUCUAAACAGUAGCAUUCCUGAAGAUCCAAGCAUAAAAGCAGCCAUUAACAAAUGGAGGAUAAAAUUAGAUAAUUAUUCUACCCAGGAAUUGGGAAAAACAAUUGUCUAUUUGGAUGGCUCCACUCAGUCGUGCCGUUUUAGGGAAUGCAACAUGGGCAAUUUGAUUUGUGAUGCUAUGAUUAACAACAACAUUAGACACCCGGAUGAAAUGACCUGGAACCACGUGUCCAUGUGCAUUAUCAAUGGAGGCGGCAUUCGGUCGCCCAUUGACGAGCGGAACAACGGCACAAUUACCUGGGAGAACCUGGCUGCUGUAUUGCCCUUUGGAGGUACCUUUGACCUGGUCCAAUUAAAAGGCUCUACCCUGAAGAAGGCCUUUGAACACAGUGUCCACCGCUAUGGCCAGUCCACUGGAGAGUUCCUGCAGGUGGGAGGAAUCCACGUGGUGUAUGACCUUUCCCGAAAACCUGGGAACAGAGUGGUCAGCAUAGAUGUUCUUUGCACCAAGUGUCGAGUGCCCACUUAUGAGCCUCUCAAAAUGGAUGAAGUAUAUAAUGUGAUCCUCCCAAGCUUCCUAGCCAAUGGUGGAGACUCAUUCCAGAUGAUAAAAGAUGAAUUACUAAAACAUGACGCUGGUGAUCAAGAUAUCGACGUGGUUUCUGAAUACAUUUUAAAAAUGAAAGUAAUUUAUUCAGCAGUUGAAGGUCGGAUCAAAUUUUCUGCUGGAAGUUAUUGCCAAGGAAGCUUUUUUCUAGUAUCUCUUUUAUUUUUGGCAGUGAGCCUUGUUUCAUACCAAUAGCCAAAACUUCUCCCUGCUGUUAAUGCGUGAAACUACAUUGUUUUCAAGUGAGGUUCAAGUCGGCAUUUUAGGACUUGGUUUUGUGAUGGCACAGAACAUCCUCGCAGGCUCCUAGAAGCUGAAGUUUACAGUGUUGUAAAAAGACAAGACUGACAUCAUCACUCAAGGUCAACAACUUAGUGAGACAGACAAAAAAGUGAGGGAAAUAAUUAAAACAGAACCUUAUGAGGAGGGGAAGGACAGCUAUAUUUUGUUUACAAAUCCAAAUUUUUAUAAAAUUGUAUUAACUAUUUAAAAUCACAGAAAUCAUUUUUUUCCUCUGGGCCCAUUCUAUUAGAGCCUUGGUGGCAGGCACAGUGGUUAAGAGCUACAGCAUGCUACGGCUGCUAACCAGAAGGUGGGCAGUUCGAAUCUACCACCUGUUCAUUGCAAACCCUAUUCUAUAGGGUCGCUGAGUCAGAAUCAACUUGAUGGCAACGGGUUAGGUUUGGUUUAGGGCCUUUCUAAUCCAGCAAACAACUGUUUACAUAAAAUUUUAUAAUUGACAAGGGAUCUUUAAGCACACAGAUGCCACAACUUACUUUGGUGGGAAAGGCAAGUGUUAUUUUACAGAUGAGGAAAUUGAAGCUCAGGGUUGACUUGCUCAAGGCUGAACAGCUAAAAGUGACAAAUCCAAGACUUGGACCUAGGUCUUUUGACCUCGAGUCCAGCACUCUUUCAACAUAUCAAAUUGCUAUUCAGAAUGAUACUCAAUAGUCUCUUUUCACAAUUAUCAAUGGCCCCAAGCUCAUGGAUGACAAGCCUCUGCUUUAUUUCUGGUUUCUAUUUUUUGCCUUUUUAGCUCCUGUUGUUACAGUGUUUAAAAAACACAGGGUAGCGUUCUCGCUUGCAUCACCCAGGUGCCUUUGAUGAGUUAGGGAACAAACUUUGUGUAGCAGAUAAUGAGAAAGGCCAGAGGCUGCAAAAGGCAAUUAAGGGGCCGGGGAGAAAAGAGAAGGACAAACAGGACACCCAGGACAGAGUCACAUUAUAAAAGAACAUUUAGAUUUUUUAAGUAGGUAUUCGAUAAGUAGGCAGCAGUGCCUGACACAUAAUGUUAGCAGUUAUUAAUCUCAUGAGUCUAAUCAGCUCUGCCUCUGUACUCUUUCCUUCCUUCUUCCUAAAGUGAAGGUGCCAUGAGAAAAGAACUUUGUAUAACGAGCUGUAAUUCUACAGCUGCACUUGCCCCUGCCCAGCAAAAUACUAGCACUGUACUUAUUCAUGUUACACCAAACACAUACACACACAUCAAGUUUUAGAAAAUCCAGAGGGGAGACAACCAUUAAUUUUAAGAAGUGGUAUACAUACAAUGUUUGAAGUCAGCUCUGCCUCUAAAUCCCGACAAUCACUCCAAGUAAUUCUCAAGUCGAGGGAGUGGGCCCCUCUGAGUGGAUGUUCAGGAAAUACCCAGACUGAUAAAAUGACUUAUGCCCAAAGAACAAAUAUUUGCUUACGGGGGUAAUGAUGUCCUGUGAGUCUGCUCAGCAUCACGUGAUUCAAGAGAUGCAAGCCUUCACCUUAAAAAUAGUGAGCAAACAGCAGCUGGAACGGAGGUAUGUUUGUUUCUUAGUAUUUACAAAUAUUAAGUAUUCUUGAUACAAAAUAUACUUUUAAACUUCACAGCCUUUUUUUUUUUUUUUUUACAAAUGUUGUGGCAGUAAAAUAAUGCCCUUGGUUCUGUGCACAUACAGAUGAGCUAUAAACAAGUGUCAGUAAGAGUGUAAGAAUUGAAAACUUGAAAAAGGUUCGUUCAUUUGGGAUACAUUUUUUAUGCUUGGCCAGUAAAAUAGGAUAAAUCCUAUCGAAGCACAAUUUUUUAAACAUUCUUCUAAGUUUUCUAAGUAUGUGUGUAUGUUUUGUGCAGUGGUAUUGAAAAAUGACCUUGAACCACUUUGGAAUUGUAGAUUCCAAACAAUAAAAUUUAUGAUACGCUCCCUGA